GGUAAUGUGGAAAGAAAGAUUGGAGAAGACCGAGUUUACUUUAUUAGUAAAGUAAAGAAUGUCUGGUAAAGCAAAGCAGUAGAAAAAUGCAGGUAGCCAGCACAACAUUACACUACAAGAACAUGUGUUGGUGAGGAAAGACCUGAAUUUGUUAGGUCUCGAAAACCAUGAAAUGCACUUUUGGCGGAUAUCAAGACCAACAGCCCAUGUUCAUACCCGGCAAGAAGGUCCAGGCACCGGUCUGUUAGAUGUAUUACGGUGUUUUACUUUCACCGCUAUCGGGUGAAUCGCGCUGUAAAAGCAAGGCAACCGUCUGUGAAUGGGUGUGCACUGUGCAGAAGCGUACACAUCGCCUGUUUCAAUCUUUUGCCACAAUGGCGAUGUGUGGGACACACGUCCGAAGUUGUAUUGCUUUGACAGUUAGGUGUGCUAGUCAAUGCACAUAUGGAACAUACAAUGGCUCAUCACAGAGGGCUGUCCUGACUGUCACAUCAAUGAGGAUGUUCUCAACAUCCCAUGCCCGACAAGGUAUUCUGCAGAGGGCAAAUGACAGGUUUGAGAGCUUCUUGGAUCAUCGUUUCCCAGCCUUUUAUGUAUAUUAUCACACAUUUAUGAAGGGUUUCAAGCUCCUGCUUGAGGAUAUGACAGAAGCAAGGAAGAUUAAAGUAAAAAUGAAUACAAAUGGAAUUCCAUUCAAAGAGCUUCCUUAUCGAGAGAUGGAGCGUCUUCGUUUGGUGCGUAAGGAUAUAAUCAAGGCCAUUCCUAUGGUCAUUAUUUCACUGCCUCCCUUUGCUAUCUGUUUGGUGUUCACCCUUAUGUACCUUUUCCCUCGUCAGCUAUUGUUCCACCACUUUUGGACGCCGCAGCAGCAAAGGGACUUUAAGAAGCUUUACCACGAGCAGAGGGCCAGGCAUCACUAUGCCAUCCUGACAGGCAUGGAGAGCUCCAUUCCAUGUGUAGAGAAGUGGAUGCUCCGCAGUCACUUGCAAUCCCUAUGCACCAAGGUCCAAAGUGGGACUCACCCUGAAGUGUCAGACCUCUGGUUGGUGCAGGGCGUCUUCAGUGGCCACCCAUUGGGAUUCAACAAUAUCAGGAACAGCCACAUGAGGUUACUCGCCUCUCAGCUGUUGUUGACGCCGUGGCUGCCUGCCUUCAUGGCUCGCCGGCGGCUGAGUGCCAAAGGCCUGGAGCUGCUGCAUCUGGACCGAGCUCUGAGUAGCCUUGGCGUGGACCAGCUUUGUGACGCCGAAGUCGAGGAGGCUUGCUACCUGCGGGGUCUUGAUACCAGUAGCCUCAGCACCAGCCAGUGGCGAGAAUGGCUUAAGCAGUGGCUCCAGCUGUCUUCCCAGGUCAAAGAAUCUGAGACAUCUUUGCUGUUACAUAGUAUGGUGCUGCUGUCUGUGAAUUACCCGGCACAUUGAAAAGGAGAAGAGGCUUUGGUUGCUUGUGCCAUCAUGCCUCAAGCUCAACAGGCAAGACUACACUCAUGACUGCGCCAUCAUGCCUCAAGCUCAACAGGCAAGACUACACUCAUGACUGCGAAAUGUCAUGCUGCAUUUAGACCAAGAGAAGCACGUUCCUGCGAAGGACAAGACCCUGUUUACACCCACAGAGGGAGUGUUUGUAUGCCUCUCGGCCUGCUCUCAUGAGUUUAAGUAUUCCAGUCCUGAAUACAAUCCAGUCAUCACAGAUCACACACACACACACACACACACACACACACACACACACACAAGUGAAUUGGCAGGUGGUAACACUUCUACUGUCUGAGAGAGGAAAACAAUUCAUUUUUUUUAUUUCUAUUUUUGUCUUUGUUUCUCCCACCUGAAACCAUAAACCUUAAAUUGAUGCGCCUGUAUAUCAAACUCUCCUAAAUAUACACAUGAAUACUGGUAAUGUGCUAUUGCUAUUAAUAACACAUGGUAAAGUGACUUACCUGACUAGGGAAGAAUAUGUGGCAUCAUGUAAGGGAUAUACUCAGCAUCAUCUCAUUGAAUACCUAGUGGUCACAGGAACAUUUUGGAUUGCGUAAGUUACAACGGACUGUGCCAACACGGGCUUACUCUAGAAGCUUUCACAGAAGCCUGAAGCUCAUUCUUGUGCCAUUCAUUCGGCAGAUAGUUGAGUGUGAUGUUGGCAUCUUCUUUUUAAAUAUCUGCUUCAAAAGAAGUUUGUUAGCCUUGUUGCUAACCAUUGAUGUUUUUGAGUGGGCAAGAGUCAUCAGUUUACCUCAUUGUCUGAAGUUCUCAGGAUUCUUUUGGGUCUGUAUUUAAUGAUUAUUUAAAUUAUAUUUUAUACAUAUAUGAUGUUUCUUUUCAAGUUGUUGUUGUGUUGUCAUUGUUUUGCUAUGCAAGUUUACCAAUGAUGUGGGGGAAUUAUUACUUCUGUAAAACGAAGAAAAAUGAGACUGGCUUGUAAAUGAAAAAGAGAGCUGUCAGUAUGCCCUUCAAACUUUCAGAAAGGGUUAGCACUGAACCCGAAUGCAUAGUGAGGUUGGGUACUGGUUGGGCUAAAGCACUAAGGCUAUUCAUCUGGUCAAUGUAUCCAUUUCUUUUCUCAUGGGAUUUGACAGUGAGGGGGAAGUAUUGGCACUUACUCUGUAAAUGCGCAUCACGAUACAGGGACCACAAUAUACAAUGUGUACUGGAACAGUCCUAUACCACAACUACAUGUCGGAAUGUUGAUAUUUGCAAUAAAUCAGAUACGUACAAAGAAA